GCCCAUUUUCAUGCUUCUGGCCGUUACUGGCGUUAGGUUAUUAUCUCUGCCUAAAUGCAAAGUAUGUGUGUACCGAAGUGGACAGAAAUACUUGGCAAUCAGUAGCUACGUCUACUACAUCUACCACUACUGGUAGAAGUACAGUCUCUCCAAUCGUAGUCAGACUCGUUACAGAGUCAUUGACGCUGAAGUCCUGGUGAACUUCUCACCCUCCGGAGUUUUGUCAUUCGCACUCGAUUUGCAGAGGAAGAGAGUAGUUAUUGCAAUUGUUUCGGCGUAUUUGCCGGCACCGAUCGCAGAGUAUGGGAGGCCGCACGGCACAUCCGGAUGAAAAGUCAGGUCGCCAGGUGAAGCGCAACUUCAGCUUCAAGAAGCGCAGCUAUAAGAUCGAGGGUCAUGAUGUGUCCAAGUGCGUCAAGUAUUCGCUGUUCCUCUUCAAUCUCGUGUUCUGGCUGUGUGGAGGUGCCAUAUUGGGCGUAGGCAUAUACGCUAGACUGCUUCAGAAUGACUGGCAGACCUUGUCCGGCUGGUCCACGGACCCUGCCAUUCUCCUCAUCGCCGUCGGCACCAUCAUGUUCUUCGUUGGAUUCUGCGGAUGCAUCGGCGCCCUGCGGGAGAAUGUGUGCCUGCUGAAAGUCUUUGGCUUCACUCUCGGCAUCAUAUUAUUGCUCGAGAUUGCUGGUGGCGUGGCGGCAUUCCUCUUACAGGAUAAGGUGACCGAGCUGACCCAAGAAAAGAUGACAGAGGCCCUGCAGCAGUACCACACCACCAAUAUGCAGACUGACCUGGAUGAUGCUACUGAGGCAGUGCAAAUCAAUUUUGCUUGCUGUGGAGCAACGAGUUUCCGAGAUUGGUUCUCGAACAAUCGCUACUACAACUGCACAGAGGAGACGUUUGACAAGCUGCUGACUGGCUGCGGUGUGCCACCAGCAUGCUGCAAGAAUGGGAGCAUGACUAACACUCAGUGCGGCUACAAGAUCUAUCCAUACACCGGCAUGCCGGAAAGUGAGCAGGCGCUUUGGCCAAUGGCGCACCGCGAAGACAUCAUCAAUGUAGGCGGCUGCGCCGAUGCAGUCAUCAAGUGGGUGAAGGACAACUACAUUCUCCUUGGCGGAGUGGCCGUCGGUAUUCUUGUUAUUCAGAUUUUUGGUAUAUGCCUUGCUAUCUACAUGGUGGACCAGAUCAAGUACAUAAUGGAGUUCAAUAUCAGCUGAAUCAGGACUGGAUUUGGUGAUGCAUACUGUUACAAUCACCAAUGCUGCAGUGUAAUUAGAGAGCAAACUAGGCUACAUCUGUAUAUAAUGUUCCAAUGCAUUCAACCUACUUCAAGUAGUUUGUUAUCUCUCACCCCUCCUCCACAAAAGUAAAGAUAACCGCUAUGUGUUAUGUGCAGAAUACUGCAUAUACCUUCUUCCUCUCUUGCCCGAUUGAGCGCCGUGUGACAGACUCACAGACUAACGUUACACAUGUUUGAGCAUCCCUUAGAGAAAAGGGGGCAAAGGAUGCAUGUUUGUACAGCUCAAGAUAUUGCAUAUUUUCUAUUUGACAACUGAUCUCAGACUGGCUACCCUAUUUCUAUACAAGUGCGACUGGAUGAAGUGAAAAUAAGUUAAAUAACACGAAUGCGAUGCUUAUUGUGCACAUGGCCCAGCUUUUGUAGCGCAAGUUUUUGAAAUUUUCAUUACGAGAGAAAAUAUUACGCAUUUCAACACAUGUAUGGAGCUUACUGCUCGUAUCUCAGUGGUGACGGCCGGUAUUAAACAUUUACGACUUGUUUACUUUGGAGCUCAAUGUUUGCUACUUUGUGAUCUUCGCUCUAGGCCAGGUCGAAGCAAGUACACAAUCUGCCUGCUCUGUUCCAAUUUCAUUAUUUUAAUUUCAUUGAGAAUGACUAUCACUGGAUGGAUCACUGUA